UUUCCGAAUCCUACAUAAUGACAUGCCGAGUUUUUGGAAGGACACAUUGGUUUCCGACAAAGUUUUCAUCCAGUAAAUACGAAAUAAACCGCGUAGCAACAAUUGUCAUCAAUGGCACGUUGGUGAUCUCAACCGUUUUAUUGAACCUGAUAGCAAUGCUGACAAUUCUUAAAUCAACUCAACUGAAGAACAAGAUUUGUUAUUUUCUUAUACUCAUUCAAUCUGUCGUCGAUUUGGGAGUUGGUUGUAUAGGAGCACCGUUAUCAGUCUUUUACAUGCUGGGGACGUUUCUGGGUCUCAGGGAUUGCUUUACAAGCUUCAUAAUUUUUCAAUUGUCUGUUUUCCCUAUUGGAUUUUCCUUGGUGAUAUCUUUUAUCAUAUUGUUCGAGAGAUACAUUGCAGUGCUUCAUCCUUAUUCAUACCCCAAGAUACUGACAAAGAAACGAAUUCUGUAUUUUAUGAUUUGUGGUUUCGCGUUGAUUUUUAUAUCAUUUGCUUUAUCUUUUUAUUUCAUCGCCCCAAUUGCAGUCAUGCUUUUCCUUACGGUUCCAACACUAAUCAUUUUCGCAGGUUUUGUUAACAUUAAAAUAUAUCUAGAGGUGAGAAGACUGCGUCGUUCCGAAGUGAAACCAAGCCUGAACAAUAUUGUCGAGCAUAAAUCAAAAACGAAGUUAUUUCUUCGCGAAGUCAAGUACGCAAAAUCUUGCUUUCUGGUCGUCGCUUGUUUUUUGAUUACUCUGUUGCCAUCCUCAUUGUAUCCAAUAUUCCGGCUUCGGUUCGGCCCAAGUAUGAUCGUGGAUGCUUACUUUUCGUGGAUGAGGGUUAUUACAACUUUGAACUCUAGCGUGAAUUCUGUCAUAUUUUUCUGGAAUAAAGUUCUGUUAAGAAAAGAAGCUGUAAAAGUUUUGAAAGUUGGUUGCUGCCGUUCAUUUUCUGUGACCCGAAGUGAAACUACUGAGUACUGAUCUAUAACUCCAGGAAGUUUGAAAUCGAGAUGGCAUUAAAAACCUAGCCAUUUGACAUCACGAUUACUUAUAGUCGUAUAUAUAAGUUUGAAUUUCAAAGCCGUGUUUAACUUUUGAAAUUGAAAAAAGUGAUUUGUUUAAAUAUAUACCAUAUGACUUAACUUGAGUGUGAAUUACGUGAGAUUUUACACGUUUUACAUUUGCAAUUUUUUAUACUCUCGCAAUACGUCUUUUUGACGUAUAUGUAUAUUUAAAUCAUAUAAUCUAUAUAUUAGGCAUAUGAA